UGUUUACGUUUCAUUUGCAGUGUAUCAGUGAGUUUAAGGCUAUGUUUUAUGUAUAUAUGCAGAGUACUACAUAUUGCAUACUACACACACCAGUCUACAAGCGUUUUAUAAAACAGUUUUGGAGUUAAGGUGGACAAUGAGGAAUGCAAAAAUAACAUAACCGAGUUCUGACUACUACAUCAGAUGGAAUUUGUACAUUUGUAUUUUUAUUGUGCAUAUUUGAUAAGAAAACGUAGCAAUAGAUGAGUUUGCAAGAUAGUUUGUUCUCCGAGGAUGUGGAGAAUGAUAUAACACUCUUUUCUAAAGACGAGAGACGAAAAAGAGUGCUCGUGUUUCCACCGGUAAACAACUAUAGAAGAUUUCUUAUACACCAACUCGUUCAAGAUCGGUUCGCCGACCUGUUGUGCACGUUCUCCAUCGGUCAGGGCGUCGCGAGGAGAACCGUCGUGUGCUUUAAGACUGAUGUGAUAAGGGACCCAAAAUUGAAUGUUUCAACGUUCAGAACGAGUAGGGACACUAAAACGAGUACGAUGGGUGUUCAAGGACAAUGUUCACCUACAUCUACGCCAGAGCAUGGCGUACAAAAACAAAGACCAGUAAAGACAGUUCCUACAGUCGAGAUCUACCGACCACCGGCUGCCAGAAAACCAAGAAGCGUGGCGGUAACUUCAGAUUCAUUGACCGAUCAGCCCAUAUCGGAAUCUUGUGUCUCCACUAAAACUAGUCGACAAAAGCGACCAGAUCGCGCCGUUUACGUGCCAAGGCACCGCAGAAGCUUAGAGGCAGAAGGCAGUCCGGUUCGACAGGAAAAGAGUCGAUCAGAUCGACAACGAGAUCGUGAUUCAGUGAGCUCUCCAGUUCACACUGCAAAAACCUCUCGCAAUCCUGUUAUGUGCAUACCGGAAGCCAACAGCGAGGAAUUAAAUUCAGAAUCUCAGCCGGAAGAAGCAAACACUUGCAGUUUCUUAGAAAGUCAGCAACCUGAUACAACUAACAGUUCAAAAUAUGACUCCUUAUGGAGGAAUCCUGACAAUUCUCUAGAUGGCGAGUCUUCCAACUCAAGCGAUUUCAUUCUGAAGCCUUCUAAGCUAGACGAUAAUUUCGAUAAUGCGAUUGGCAGAGAAGCAGCCACGAGAGCUGAAAGUCAAUCUUUAGAAACAGAAAAUGAUGCGAGUAUAUCAGCUUCUGAUAGUUUAACGUUUAACAUUAAUAUUACAGUAAAUAAUAGAGUUGAAGAGAAUAAUCGAGUCUGUGAAAGCAAAAGUGAUUCAUCACCAAUAGAUAGAAGAAAAAGGUGCGAGAUUGAGGUUAAAGAGAAUUCAGUUGUAGCGUCAAAUGAAGAAAAUUGUGAUAUCGAAAUGUCGACAGCGCAGAAUUGUCCAAAAAUCGAGGAUGAUGCUUCGAGGCGGGAUAAAGCAGCGAAUCAGAAGAAUAAGAGAAUUAGCCAUAAUUCAGUGUCCAAUGUACUCAUCAUUUCUAAUGAGAGAAAGGGAGAAGAUGCAGUCCAUCAGGAAGUCUCUGUCACUCCCAUGACACCACCUGAGAAGAAGGUGAAGAAAAUCGAAAGACCAAAAAGCAAACCUGCAGCACCUCCUUCACCUCAUGUCAAAGUUAGCAGGGAAGAAUGCGAUUGGGAUAGUCUUUUCGAUGACAACGGAGAUUGCCUAGAUCCAACUCUUAUAGACGAACUUUCAUCAGCAGUUGGCGAAGUAACAAUCGAGCAACCCAAGAAUUCCUACAAAACCUACACCAAGAUUAUUGAAGUUUCUAACGACGAAUUCGCACAUGUCGUCGAGAUCUACAAUUUUCCAUCAGAAUUCAAGACCUGCGACCUGAUUGCAGUUUUCAGUCCCUUCAAGAGUGGCGGAUUUGAAUUGAAAUGGGUUGACGAUACGCAUUGUUUAGGCGUUUUCAGCAGUCCUCGAGUCGCUGCGGAGGUGCUGGCUUCGGAUCAUCCGUUCGUAAAAACACGGCCGCUCAGUGAGGCCACUGCCCUGAGUAAAACAAAAGCGAGAAAAGGCUCGGAAUUUUUGCAACCUUAUAGAAAUCGACCAGAAACUUGCGCCGCUUUGGCCAGACGUUUGGUCACGGGUGCUCUGGGAGUUAGGCUAGCAACCGCUAGACAAGAGCGCGAGCGCGAAAAGAUUGUGUUGCGCGAAGCUAAAGAAAAGAAAAAAUUGGCGAAUAAGCAACGGGACGAUGCCUGGGAAGGAGUGAUUGGUGAGAAGUAAUCUGCGAUGGAAAAAUUUUUUAAUAAGUAACUUUUUGUGUGAAUAACAAUUGCUCAUGUGUGCCUUACUCAUCUACGUUACAUUUAUUCAUUUAGUUAUAAUCUUCGAAAAUAUUAGUAAUUUCUGUUGAUAGAUGAGUUAGACAGUGAGUGAAGACGUCAUUUUGUAUGUAUAUUUAUAGAAGAACUCUUUGAAGUAGACAGAAGAAAGUCAAACAUCAGAACGGAAAAUAUUCUAAAUGUGAUCAUAUCAUUUUAUAGAGGAAAUACCUAUUUUAAUGAAAUAGAUUCCAUGCUGGAAAAUGUGCGCGUCAAUCUUAACCAGUGUAUGUGUUUUAAUGCAUUAGACUAUGACGAUGAAACUGUUAAAUGAUAUUAAUUUGCGUACCUCAAUGGCUGCCUCUGUUACAUAAGACUAUGUAUUGAUGUAAAGAUUUGCGAUGUGCAAUUACCGGACAAUAAGGAAUCGUUGUUGAGCAAUGUCAAUUUGUGUACGAAAAAAUCGAUGCAAUUUUAUGCGAUGAAAUUGAAUAUUUAUAGAGUUAUAUGUAUUCUUAUAAAAUGAGAGAAAGAUAACAUUUAAGUGAUCAAACAUUUCCAACGAAAUUUUGGCAUUAUUCAUGCUUAUGUCGUGUAGCUGUGCAUAAUGUGUAUUCUUCUAAAACCCGUUAUACAAAUUUUAGUAUUCGACGCACAAUCUUAUAGAGAUCGAUGAUAAAACGGCAGCUUUUGACUGUACAAGUACACAAACUGAAGACUAAUUGUAUUUUUUAUAUACAAUUGUUACCCAUGAAAAAUAAAAGUGUGCAUCGACAGACCUAGUCACUGUACGAGAAAUACGUUACCUAUAUUGAAUGUUACUUUGCAAUAUGUAAUGGUUGAUUGGAAAACACUAUCUGACAAGAUUAAUAAAAGUAUUUUCUGAAUUGUAAUUUUAA